UUUUAAGCGGAAAAGAGGGCAAAAUAUUGAAACCUUUGCAAAAAGGAAUUGUUGUAUCGUUUGGAGGUAAAGCUAAGUAGGGUUUUGCGCAUAUCUAUCUCCCGAGUGAAAGUCGAAAAUUGUUAUCUGUGGAGAUGGGAAGAGAAGCAGUGAAGCCGCAACAACAACAAGGUCAAGCAGCUGGUUACACAGUGGAGCAACUCGUUGCAUUCAAUCGUUACAAUCCCGAUAUUCUUCCAGAUCUCGAAAACUAUGUCAAUGAUCAGGUUUCAUCACAAACUUAUAGCCUCGAAUCAAAUCUCUGCCUUCUUCGCCUCUACCAGUUUGAACCUGAGAAAACGAGUUCACAGAUUGUAGCUCGCAUAUUGGUUAAGGCACUCAUGGCUAUGCCGGCUCCAGACUUCAGCUUGUGUCUCUUUUUGAUUCCGGAACGUGUGCAAAUGGAGGAGCAGUUCAAGACACUGAUUGUUCUGUCUCACUAUUUGGAGACUGGAAGAUUUCGUCAGUUCUGGGAUGAAGCAGCAAAAAGUCGUCACAUAGUUGAAGCUGUGCCUGGAUUUGAGCAGGCAAUCCAAGGUUAUGCAAUUCAUGUCCUAUCCUUGACUUACCAAAAGAUUCCUAGAACUGUUCUUGCUGAGGCAAUCAACAUAGAAGGUUUAUCCCUGGACAAAUUCCUUGAACACCAAGUAGCCAACUGUGGCUGGGUUAUUGAGAAAAGCCAGACCAGGGGUCAACUCAUUGUGCUUCCUAGAAAUGAAUUUAAUGACCCAAUUUUGAAGAAAAACACUGCAGACAGUGUACCAUUGGAGCACGUUACUCGCAUCUUCCCUAUUCUUAGCUGACUUUCCUAUCGUGGACUGUGAAUUUUCUUUGGAGAAGAUGUGCGAAUUUGAGAUUAGUUGCAGUGACGUUUUGCAGAAUCCCAUCCCCUUUGAUGCUUCGAAUUGAGAAUUAGUGAACAGCUAUUGUAUUUUACUCUUAACGAUUUGCAUUUAAGUUUGAAAUUUAACUUGCUUUUUUAUCAUGCUUUAAUAUUCGUCGGGACUAAUUCCUUUAAUGGAUAGGCCCUUCUCUUUAAUGUGCCUAUUCGGAGAGGGUUUGUACCACACAAGAUUGUUAUAGAGGGAAUAUCAAAUUUUGGUGUAGUUUUUUGUUUCUA